UGCAAGGGGCGUGACCGAAAAUUUUCCCUUUUCGCGAACUAUGGUCACGAGGAAGAAGCAGGCAAGAACAGGCUAGCUUCACUUAAAUUUUUGACCUCCCAUUUGGCCAGUUUGUGCGUCUUUACUAAAUUCCACCUAGAGAUGGCGACCACCAUCAGAUUUGGAACCACUAGCGGCCCAUGCAAGACAUCUUCUGCUGAGAGAGCACAGUUGGAAGACGAAACUGACACAAAAGGAAACUGUGAUCCGGACAAACUUUUGCAGUGCCCUUUUGACAAGAACCACCAGAUCCGGGUCUGCCGCUUCCCUUACCAUCUUAUCAAGUGCAGGAAGAAUCACCCGAAACUGGCCAGUGAGCUAAAAACCUGCCCCUAUAAUGCUCGCCAUCUGGUUCCAAAGCAUGAGCUGAGUCACCACACUGAAACGUGUGAGGACAGAGAUACUGUGGUUACUGAAGACGGUGGAGGUACAAAUGGAUAUUGUCAACUGCAGAUCCCAGUCAGUACUUGGAUAAACCCAAACAUGACUGAGGACUGGGACAAAGAGGCUGAUGAAACUGCUGUUCCAUUUGUGUGGGGCGUCAACACGGUCUUGAAUAAAAAUCCGGAGAUGAGGCCUACCAACAAUCUUGGUCCAAGUUUUAGAACACCUAAUACCCUCCCAUGGUUCGACAUGUAACUUCUGCUUACUGUUUAUCCAAAUGGAAGCUUAUUGUAGGCAUGUUGUGUGUUUGUGUGUAUAUGCAUGCAUGAAAAUUUAUUUUUAAAUUUGUUCUUAAAUGUUUUCCCACUUGGCACAGCUGUCAAAAUUUUCUCAUGUGGGAUCUAGGUUGUAGUUAUCGUGCUUUCAGUCACCUGAUGUGCCAAAUACCUUUAAAUGCAAAGUAUUGCGUCAUUUUUCUCGUAUUUUUCAUCCCCCUCCUGUUACACAAAUAAAUAUAACUGGGUAAGUACUGCAUUUAUAUUGAAGUUGUUUUUAUUAUUUUGAAAUAGAAAGUCCAUUCAGCACCGGUGAUAACCAUAUGUUUACAUUUGAGAAGAGAAACAAGAAAUUGUGAUGGGAAUUAAAGUUUCCUCAUAGCUUUGCAUUUGUAAUUUCCUGGCUUUUGCAUCAGUUUGUCCAUUAAAUUACCCAUGUCACUUAUUGAA